AUGGCAGACGGAAACAACCCCCGCCUGGGCCACAAAGAGAAUACUGCUGGAGAUGCCAAGUGGCUGUCUGUCACGCCCGACAUGACGCUUUCUGCUGCGGCAGACUUGUACUUUCAGUUCUGCCACAAUCAACCAUACUCCCUCUUUCAUGAGGAAAGCUUUCGCCGUCGCUUGGUAGCCCAGACGCUCCCCGACUACCUUAGCCUCGCCUUGUUGGCCACAGCGAGUCGAUUUUCUCACUCCAGUAGACCGUUGCUACUCUGUGCAGACCAGGCGUGGGAGCUUGCCAUGAAGCGCUCGACAGCCAACAUUGACGCCGCAGAGAGUCUCACGAUUGCCCAAACGAUUCACCUUCUUUGUGUCAUUGACUAUUCCGGUAUGCGAUCCUCCUUUAGUAGCCGUAUUAUCAGUAGAACUGAUCUCUCCGAGAUGGCCGAUGUCGCGCUGCAUGGAUUAAGCUUGGCGCAGUGCUACCGAUUCAACACCGAGCCCGAUCACCGUCUUCGCCCUGAAGUUCAGGAAGAAUACCGACGCACAUUCUGGUCUAUCUACCUGCUUGACAGGCUGAUGUCCUGCGGGCGAGAAAGACCACCUGCGCUUCAAGACAAGGAUUGCCUAUUACGUCUUCCGUCCAGCGAACAGGCUUUCCGAGACGGCAGUGAGAAUCGGGGACCAGUACUUGAACAACUCACGGGAGACGCGCCAGCGGUUACUGAGCUUCCUGAACACAGCCAUUUCUCUGUGAUCAUCUUGAUGGCAGCGACGCUGAUACGUGUAGUGAAUUACGUACUGCGAGAGGAUUCGCGACUUCACGAUGAUGUUCCCUGGUCUGCUGCUUCACAGUACUCAGCGCUCGAGUCAACCCUGUGGCGGCUGGAACUCAACUACGGAUUACUAGAUCCAUUGAAUGCUGUAUGGGAGCAAACACUGACUUCAGGUGGCGUGGUAGACCCACGAGCCGCUGGGCCUCUGAUAUAUGGCCGUGCUUUGUUCCAUCUUGCGGGGUGUCUGCUGCACCAUCCUUUCCUCCUCCAGCACCGAUUAGCAGAGUCAGCCAGCAGAACACCUCCAGGAUUCCUGAGUAAAGCUUGGACGUCAGCUAGAAGCCACGCCACUGCAAUCACCAUGUUGCAAGAGACGGAAAAUCUUGGUUGCGUCACAGUUUCUUGCUUCAGAGGGUAUUGCGCCAUGGUCGCCGGUUCAAUUCACCUUCUUUUUGCGUCGGACAGUAACGAUGAGAUACGCGAGGCGUCGGUCCGACGAUACGAGGAGUGUCGAGGCUUACUGCUGAAGCUGUGCCGUUAUUGGGAGAGUUCGAGGUUAAUGUUUAUGAAGCUUGAGCGUCUGUAUGAGAAUAGAAGCCGUUAUCGCCAAUUCUUUGAGUACACACUAGCUAUGGGAGAGAAGCCCAGACUCGCAGCGUUCUGGGAUAGUAUGGACAACUGGGUCCCAUCAAGCCGAUCUCCGAGCCCCGAACAUGGCCCUCCUGAGCCAGUACAGCCUAUUCAUUUCCCCACGUCUAUGGACUUUUUCGAUCUCGCGCCGGCAGAUCCUUGGGGAAACGGAAACUCAAUAUUCGAAAUGGACUUGGCGGGCGGUAAUAGUUUCAUGUGA